AUGCCAAUUAAUGGGAGCAGAAAAGUAAGGAAAGGAUAUGGAGCAAAGAUUAAAGAACCAAGUGGACAACAAAGUCGUCUUGGUGGAGCUGAACGCCUAGAAGGUGAAGUAAAUACUACCCAUCCCCGAAAGGUGGACAAACCGGUCACAGCUUCCCGUCCAUCUUUGCCAGUAUGGAUGAUUGCCCUCAUUGUGUUUGGAGUGUUGGCAAUCCUGGGAAUAACUAUUGGUCUCCUGGUUCAUUUUCUGGCAGUAGAAAAUACAACCUACUACUACCAAGGUAGAUUUACAGUUUUGGAUAUUCCAUAUAACAGUAAUUAUCAAAGAGAGACGUCACUGGAAAAUAACUAUCUUAGCAAAAUUCUUGAGACUAAGAUGGUUGAUGCAUUUCAAAGUUCUAGUAUUUACAGACAAUAUAUCAAUUCUCAAGUCAUCACACUGGUUCCUCAUGACAACAGUGUCACUGCACAUAUAUGGCUAGUAUUCAAGGCUUCCAGGUCAAUGAAGGAAAACACAAGAAGAAGAAUUGAAAGCAUCUUACGUCAGAUGCUGAGGAACCAUGCAGGCUCUCUGACCACAGAUCCUAAUUCUCUCAGGCUCAUGGAAAUCAGUAAGGUUGAUGCUGAAAAGAUUAUCAACAACCGCUGUGGGACACGAGCAAGGAUGUCAGCUACAUAUGACAGAAUCAGGGGAGGUUCCAACGCUGAGAGAGGAGAAUGGCCAUGGCAAGCAACUCUCAAAAAAAACGGCCAACACCACUGCGGGGCAUCUUUGAUCAGUGAAAGAUAUUUGGUGACUGCAGCUCACUGCUUUCAAAAGACAAACAAUCCAAAAAACUAUACUGUCAGCUUUGGCACCAGAGUAAAUCCCCCCUAUAUGCAACAUUACGUUCAACAAAUUAUUGUUCAUGAAGACUACAUCCAGGGUGAACAUCAUGAUGAUAUUGCAGUUAUACAGCUCACUACAAAAGUCUUGUUUCAGAAUGAUGUACAUCGAGUUUGCCUUCCUGAAGCCACACAGGUUUUUCCACCAGGUGAAGGAGUUGUUGUUACAGGAUGGGGAGCACUUUCAUAUAAUGGUAAAUACCCAGAGGUACUUCAGAAGGCACCUGUGAAGAUCAUUGACACAAACACUUGUAAUUCUAGGGAAGGAUAUGAUGGUUUGGUAUCCGACACAAUGCUAUGUGCUGGGUACUUGGAAGGAAAUAUAGAUGCCUGCCAGGGUGACUCUGGAGGUCCACUAGUUCAUCCCAAUUCUCGAAAUAUCUGGUACCUCGUUGGAAUCGUGAGCUGGGGAGAAGAAUGUGGUGAAGUCAAUAAGCCAGGGGUCUAUAUGCGAGUGACUGCCUACCGCAACUGGAUUGCCUCCAAGACCGGUAUCUAA